GAUAGACCUCCUUGCAAUCACAGCCCAGCUCAAGAACAACCAACGUCAGGUGGAAAUCCAGCCGCAGUAAGCAAGAGGCUUCAAGAUGCUUUGCAAGGGCAGACUGAUGGUAACUGCGGUGCUGGUCACAUUGGUGCUCGCUGCCAUGGCGGACCCCACUGCUGCAGCGAAAGGGAAGAAGAAUGGGAGAAAGGGCAGCCACCCACGCCUGAGGAGAACCGCAAAGUACAUGCUGGAACUGGGAAACCUGAAGCUGCUUGCUGACCUCCCAAAAUACAGCCAGCAUUUCUAUGACGCCUCCUUCAGGAACCGCUCACUGUCCCCUUGGACUUAUAAGGUGGACUCUGAUGCCAACCGCUACCCUUCCACCAUCUUCAGGGCCGAGUGUAUCAGCAGACAUUGCCUGAACAGCCGAGGCAUUCUUGACUCAAGCUUGAACGCUCGCCUGGUCAAACAGGAGAUGCUUGUCCUCAAGAAGAAGAAGACAUCUGGUGACAGUAUUACUUUCCAUGUGGAGAAAAUCCUGGUGCCUGUUGCCUGCGUCUGUGUCCGCCCAGAUGUGCAGACUGCCUGAGAAACACAGCAGUAGGCGGCCAAAGCAGAAAGUAUUAUUAAGCCAAUUAGUAGCACGAUCCUUUAGCAUUCCGAACUCGAGUCACAAUGAGGGCGACAUAAGCCAGACUAGAGUAUUGCUUUAAAGCACCCACUCCAGCCAGUCACCAGCAUAACGAGAGGCCCCACCACCACAGUAUCACCCAUGCUUUGCUUGAGAAUAAACGCCUUUGGUAGGUCCUGCAGCCUGAGUGGUUAAAUUGUUGGCUUCACAAGGAGACCAUAGGACCAUCAGGCCGUAACAUUAGACGCCCUUACUAAUCAGGAACCUCUCAAUUUCACCUUUAAAUAUACUCAAUGACGGCCUCCACAGCCGCCUGUGGCAAUGAGUUCCACAAAUUCGCCACUCUCUGGGGAAAGAAAUUUCUCCUCACCCUGUUCUAAAGUGUUGUUCCUUUAUUCUGAGGCUGUGCCCUCUGGUCCUAGACUGCCCCACUAUACGAAACAUUGUCUCCACAUCCACUUUAUCUAGGCUUUUCAAUUUUCAGUAAGUUUCAUUUAGAAACACCCUCAUUUUUUUUAAACCUCCAGCAAGUACAGGCCCAGAGCCAUCAAACGCUCCUCGUUCGUUAACCCUUUCGUUCCCAAGAUCAUUCUUGCGAACCUCCACUGGCCCCUUUCCAAUGCCAGUACACCCUUUCUUAGAUAAGGGGCCCAAAACUGCUCGCAAUAGUCCGUGUGGUCAGACCAGUGCUUUAUAAAAGCCUCAGCAUCACAGUCUUGCUUUUAUCUACUAGUCUUCUCAAAACAAAUGCUGACAUUGCUUUUGCCUUCGCUGUGCAGCCAGCAAACUCGGUGAAAGAUCGUAGGACAUAGGAGUAGAAUUAGGCCAUUCAGCCCAUCGAGUCUGCCUGAGUUAUUAUCCAUCUCGGCCCCAUUCCCCCUGUAACAUUUGACAAUCUGACUAAUCAAGAACCUACCAACCUCUGCUUUAAAUGACUUGGCCUCCACAGCUGUCUGUGACAAUGAAUUCCCUCAGCUUGCCCACCCUCUGCCUAUAACUCAGGCCCUCCUGUCCUUAAGACAUCCUCGUAAUUAGAUGCGGUUAGUGAAUUCACACAGAAUAUCAAUCUUUUGUUCUCCCUGUCUUUCUCUCCAUCAGCCAGGCUCGGUAGCUCAGCUGCCAACAGACAACAGCACCCCCUGGGAGUGACGUUUGAAGUCACAACCCAUCAGCCGGUCGCUGGCUAGUGCACUCAGCUGAACAUUUGUUUAGCAGGGUUUGCCAGUUUUACCAGCUCUUUAAACCAAACGAUGACGUGCCCAGAUCGCGGGACAAUACAAUGGGAAGGCCUAAGCUUCACACCAGCGAAAUGGCCAUGUGGUAUCUGUGGUCAGCAGCUGACUUCUUACCACAUUGCCCCCAAGUCUGAACUAGCUCACACCUACUGGCCGGUACGGCCUCCGCUCACUGUGGGGUCAGAGAGGGAAGCCAGGCAGGGAAGGGAAAUCCUGGAGAAGUCCACCUGGGAUCUGGGGAAGCGAAGCGAAGGGAAGUGUCACAAUGUAUUAAUUAUUAAUUUAUUAAGUUAUUUUUAAAAUAUUUAUAUGAAAUAUUUCUGACUAAAGAGCCUCACUGUACGUUUUAAUUUUAAAAUAAAGAUUUAUGU